AUGGGGGAAACCCAGAGGGAGAUGAUGGAUACUAUCAAGGAAUUAAAAAAUGCCGCCUCUAAGCCAGGUGAAGACGACGACAGGCAUCCACAAGAAGAAUCUGCUGCUGCUGGGAAGGGGUCUGAACAAAAGGGACCAUCUUUUGUUACCCAGGAAGAUGUCGUUGCCAUGCUGGAAAAAGAGCUUAGUCGAAUCCAGGAGGAUUGGAAAUACAUUCCUCAGCCACCAUACUCGUCCAGCUUACUCCAGCAGCCUUAUCCCAAAGGUUACGAAACACCGACCUUUGUUCUUUUCGAUGGGAGGAAGGGAAGCCCGAAGGAACAUGUCAACCGAUUCCUCGAUGCCUUAGGACCACAUGCUGGUGACUAUAAUCUUCAACUCCGCGAAUUCUCAAAAAGCCUCACUGAUCGGGCUUAUACCUGGUACACCACGUUGGCGCCAGGUUCUAUGCGUUCUUGGGAUGACCUGGCAAGCAGGUUUUGUAAAAAAUAUUUUCAGCACGAGGAGAGGGUUACCACCACACAGCUCAACAACACUCGCCAAAAGCAAGGGGAGGAUCCUGUGGACUUUUUACGAAGAUUCCGGGACUUGGCUCUCGACUGUUAUGACGAAAAAGAUGAGGAGGCACUUAUCGAGAUUUGCAUCAGUAACAUCAUGGCAGAUUACAGAGUUUACUUGGAGAAUAUUGGCAUCAGUCAAUUUUCUCAGCUGCUGGAAGCAGUAAGGAAGACAAGCAUGUCUGUCAAGCCAACCGGGCAGAGAAGUUGGAGGAGCGAGAAGAAGGAAGCCCAUCAAACGCUGGCCAUAAAUGAUAAGUCAUCCAAUGACUACAACUCACGCAAAAGAAAGGAUUGGGAGACAUACCCUUCAUUGCCGUGCAAGGACGAAGAAUUUCAUGCCAUUCUUGACACGAUGAUUGCUGACGGCGCAAUCAAGCCCCUUAGGCCCUACAAGGUCCCUACUAGGGAAGAAAAAAAUGAUCCCAGGUACUACCGUUACCAUCAAUUUGUAGGGCAUCCAACUAUUGCCUGCCAGAGCUUAAGGAGGAUCUUACAUGGUAAAAUAAACGAAGGGGUUCUUGAGCUUCCCUCUAGGAAGCAAACUAUCGAUGAGGAUCCUUUACCAAAGCGAAGGGGAAAAGAGGUAGCUGCUGUUGUAACAUGUUCUGACGAUCUGCUCGAUGAUGAUGAACUGUGUCACCCAUGGAAGAACGACCCGAAGCCACCUGAGGCUAUUUGGGAGCCUUGUGGAAACAUGGAGAAAGCUUACUGGCAAAAAUAUUCAAAACCUUCAAGCUACAAUAUGCGAUGGCCACUUGUUGACGGAUGGGACGGCUGUGCAGACAACGAAGUAUUUAUGUUGGACAUGCCGGAAGAACAAUGCCUGGGAACCUCCUCUGGGCAGCAGGAAACGGCUGCUGUAACAUUUCAUGCUCUUACAGAAGCUGAGGCAACUGUAAUGGAGCGUUACCUAGGUUUGAAGCAAGGACCUACAGCUUCGCAAGUUCUCCAAAGAAAUCCAAAGUUCUAG